AUGUCACUCUUUGGUCGACUCCUCGGUAGCAAACCCAAGACGCCGAUGCGCGAUGUCGCUUCGCUUGCGGCGCCCUACGCCGUACCUGCCGUACACGUCGUUCUGGACGACGUGCCGUCUCGCUCCCACUUUGGCGGCAGGCCGAACCUGCCUGAAGGCACAGACUGGCCAACACGCAACGGCGUGCGGCUCGACUUUCUCGCGAGGUUGAGUCUGGCAGACAUUCAGCGCGCCGGCCCGCUUGACUGGCUGCCGUCCACCGGAGCACUCCUCUUCUUCUACGAUCUGGAGCGCCAACCGUGGGGAUACGAUCCAGCGGAUCGGGGCAGCUGGGCCGUACUGCUGGUGGGCGACGUCGAAGCGCCCGCGAUAGCGGCUGAUGCGGCUACUGCCAGCCGGCCAGGGAUCCCGUUCCGAUUUGCCCACUUCCGUUCCAUCCAGUCGAUGCCAUCCGGCGAGCGAGCGCAGAUCGAGUCCCUCGGUUUGAGCGACGCGGAGUCCGAACAGUUGAUGCUCGUAUCUGACCUGGCUUUUGGCACGAAGCCUAAGCAUCAGAUUGGCGGGUUUCCUUCGCCCGUUCAGGGCGACAACAUGGAACUGGAGGCGCAACUGGUAAGCCAUGGGAUCUAUUGCGGCAACGAAUCAGGCUACAAGGAUCCCCGCGCAGACGGGCUCCGUUCUGGCGUCCCGGAUUGGCGGUUGCUGCUUCAGUUUGACAGCGACGAGGAUCUCGGCGUCAUGUGGGGCGACGCUGGAACGCUGUACUUCUGGGUGCCGGGGUCGCAUGCCCGUGAAGGAAUGUUCCAGAACACAUGGGUUGUGCUGCAGUGCUGCUAG